AACUGCGCAUCGAGCAGCAUCAAGAACCAUAAAAAUGUACCGGGCCAAGGCGCGUCACGGUGCCACACUGGCCGCCGCCUGCCACAGCCAGCCGGCCAAAAUGAAGUCCAACGGCGUGGUUAUGGUGCUUCCCGCAGAGGUUGUCUUCAGGGCGGCGCCCGAGACUGCUGUCAGCCCGAUUCCGGGCUUGCCAUCGGCCGUGUCUGGGGAGCAGGCGUCUGGCAAGCCGUUCCCCAUGGUGAUGCUGGUUCACCUGAUUCUGCUGACGCGCUUGCUGAUGGUAAAGCUGAUGCUAUUCGGCCAGCUCCUGGCCACGGCGGCAGCCGACAACGACGGGUCGGAGGCUAACAUCUUCAAGAGGCCGCGAGACAACACGGGGUCAGGCGAGGACGCUGGUGACGCUGGUGGAGCUGCGCGGCCCAAGCAGCUGAUAGCCGACUGCAUGCCGACGCAUGGGACGGCACAUGACGUGCGGCGCCGGGCGCUGAUUGCCACCGACCCCGUCCUUAUCCAGGCGCUGACGGCAACCAGCCUCGUCCCCAUGCGUCACUGA